CUGAAGUUCGUCGCUGGCUCUCUUUGAUUAAUUCGCUCUCUUUGCUCUCGCUAGGGUUUUGAUUUGCCCUAAUUCUUCUCUCAAGGUUCGAAUCUUGACAUGGCUUCCAACGUCGGCUCAUCCCGCUGCUCUGUAUUCGUUGGAAAUAUACCCUACGGCUUCACCGAGGAGAAAAUGAUUGAGAUUUGGAAGGAUGUUGGACCGGUUGUGUCUUUUAGGGUGCAGAUUUAUCACAUGUUUUCUGUACAAAAGAUGCUUCACCGGUGGUAAAAGGCUACAGUCCUGAGUUGAUUGUCCAUCCUGUGCUGGAAGAAUCAUACAGUGUAAGGGAUGAUGAGAAGGCAUCAGUUGCUAAAAGGGUCCUUGCUGAAGUGUCUAAGUGGAUGGAAAGAUUUGAUUGCUUCGUGGUUGGUCCAGGUCUUGGGAGGGACCCAUUUCUUCCAGGCAACAUGGUAGCUGGAGCAACAAUUAUUGAUCAACAUAUGUCUGCAUCGUUCGCUGGGACAGUAUGAAGAACCUUCUAGUUUUUGGGACAGGCCUACAUGGAGUGUUGAAGAUGACAAUGAUCCCUUGGAGGGACUGAAGGUUUAUUUGCACAAAAGGCCAUACAGAUUACAGAAGAUCUUGUCACCAAUUAUCGCAAUCAAGGGGGUUAUGGCAUGCUUGUGAUUGUCGGAGGUGUAACAUCAAAUACUGAUGCAACUCAACUUGCGGAAAUAUUUGCAGAAAAUAAAUGUUCAACAAAGGUUAUUGGCGUUCCAGUGACAUUUUAUGGGGAUCUGAAGAAUCAGUUUGUUGAAGCUGAUGUUGGGUUUGAUACUAUCUGCAAGGUGACGCUUCUCGGACAAGUACCCGCAUUUUCAUCUAAAGGUUGUCCUAUAAAUGGAACAAAAGGUUCCAACUUCACCAAGACCAGGAAAUAUAUAAUCCUCCCUCCCUCCCUCCCUCUUUCCCAUGCACAUAUACGUCCACAGGUCUACAUAAUUGCAGGUACAAACUGCUCUAGGUCCCAGAGAACCUGUGGUGCAGUUCAAGAAAUUAUACUUUUAGCAUAGCUGAUGCUACCUGGCUUUGUUUGAAGCUGUUCAAGAAAUUAAAAUUUUAGCAUAUAAAUUUGUUCCCUUUCCCUGAAAACGCCCGCUCCGGUGAGCUAUGCUAGCUGCCUCCAUCGCCGAAAUACCGCUUCUUUAUAUGACAACAAAAAGUUAAAGCAACUUGCUGUAAUCGCUCCCAAAGAACCUGUGAUGCUGUUGAAGAAAUUAAUCUUUUAGCAUAGAGGAGUAUUCCUCAGAGCAGAGACAACCUAGCAGAGUUUCGAAAAGUGGAACCUUCAAACUUUUUCUGGAGAGGCUUGUAGUGUCUUUUAUUUUGAUAUUAUAAGACUGCAACUUUUAUUAGAUGUAUUAGGACAUAAUUAUGUUACUUUUCCUGUUUGUUAAUGACAUUUAGCAAAGGUGUUUUCCUUCUCUUGUUGUAGUGGUGUUAAUAUUUCGGUGCCUAAUUAUAUUUGUUGUUAAGUU